AUGGGUUCUUUGUCUGGGAUUAUUCAACGGCCACUUGUUGCUGCUGCUGCUGUUAUCGCCGCUUCUGUCUCUGCAGACGUCUCUGACAAGUUCUCGUCUCUUAGAUCAUUAGUUCGAGGUUCUGAAUCUGCUGCUUCAGUGUCUGGUUCGGCUCAGGACGAAAGGUCCUUGUGGGUUCCUCAAAUUUCCUCCUCCAAGCUCUCUGAUUUAUCUUUUUUGUCGAGGAUCCGUGUUCCUGUACCAAACCUUGAUCUCCUAGCUCCUAACCCGAGCUGUAGUCUCGCUCCUUGCGUCACUUCUUUGUCCGCUCUUCGUAGCGUUUAUCGGUCUGCGGAAUUGGCUAAGGCAUCAAAACCAGCGGCAUUCACAGUCGGGGCCUCGCUUGUUGUUCCUGAUGUUUCGUACAGAUGGCAUUUACCUGAGACUAGUGCCAUCGAUCUCUCCGGUAACUCGAGCUGUUCCUCUGAGAAGAAUAGAACCGUUGUGGUAUUGCUUGGAUGGCUUGGAUCGAAGCAGAAGCAUCUGAAGAAAUAUGCAGAUUGGUAUACUUCAAGGGGUUAUCACGUCAUCACAUUUACGCUCCCCAUGAAUGAGGUUAUGAGCUAUCAGGUUGGAGGAAAAGCAGAGAAGAACAUCGAGUCGCUUGUUAAUCACUUGGCUGAUUGGUUGGAUGAAGAACAGCAGAAAAACCUCGUCUUCCACACCUUCAGCAACACCGGAUGGUUAACAUAUGGAGCCAUAUUGGAAAAGUUUCAGAAGCAAGAUUCUUCAUUGAUGCGGAGAGUUAAAGGUUGCAUUGUAGACUCAGCUCCUGUUGCUGCUGCAGAUCCUACGGUAUGGGCAUCAGGUUUCUCAGCCGCUUUCUUGAAGAAAAACAGCAUAGCCACUAAAGGAUCCGCAAGCUCAUCAUGUGAGUCGAACAUGGGAGCACGGAUCAACGGUAUAAACUUCUCGGAGCCAAAACCCGCUGCAACAGAAACAGCUUUGCUUUUGAUUCUCGAAAAGUUCUUCGCUGUGAUACUUAAUCUUCCAAAAGUAAACAGGAGACUCACUGAUGUUCUAGACACUUUAUCAUCAGCACAACCAAGAUGUCCACAGUUAUACAUUUACAGUUCUGCAGACAGAGUCAUACCCGCGGGACAAGUUGAAUCAUUCAUUGUAGAGCAGAGGAAAGCGGGACACGAGGUCCGUGCCUGCAACUUCAUAUCUUCACCUCAUGUAGACCAUUUCAGGAGCAACCCUGAACUUUAUACAGCUGAGCUCAACCAUUUUAUGGACAACUUUGUCCUCACUUGCUGCAACCAUUCUUCAUAG